AUGUUACAAAUAUCUGUUUUGCCAAAACAACUCUUUCUCACUCUUGAAACUGAAUUUGAAGUUGAAAGCCAAGAGAAAAUGGCCUAUUACCACAAAGACUAUGAAAAGAAUGAGGAGGUGGAGUUUGUCCGAACUGGCUAUGGGAAGGAUAUGGUAAAAGUUCUCCAUAUUCAGCGAGAUGGGAAAUAUCACAGCAUUAAAGAGGUGGCAACCUCAGUGCAACUUACUCUGAGCUCCAAAAAAGAUUAUCUGUAUGGAGAUAAUUCAGACAUCAUCCCCACAGACACCAUCAAGAACACAGUUCACGUCUUGGCAAAAUUUAAAGGGAUCAAAAGCAUAGAAACUUUUGCAAUGAGCAUCUGUGAACAUUUCCUUUCUUCUUUUAACCAUGUCAUUCGAGCUCAAGUCUACGUGGAAGAGGUCCCUUGGAAGCGUUUUGAAAAGAAUGGAGUUAAGCAUGUCCACGCAUUUAUUCACACUCCCACUGGAACGCACUUCUGUGAGGUGGAACAGAUGAGGAGUGGACCUCCAGUCAUUCAUUCUGGAAUCAAAGACCUCAAGGUCUUGAAAACGACCCAGUCUGGAUUUGAAGGAUUCAUCAAGGACCAGUUCACCACCCUCCCUGAGGUGAAGGACCGGUGUUUUGCCACCCAAGUGUACUGCAAGUGGCGCUAUCACCAGUGCAGAGACGUGGACUUUGACACUACCUGGGACACUGUUCGGGAUAUUGUCCUGGCGAGAUUUGCUGGACCCUAUGACAAAGGCGAGUACUCGCCCUCUGUCCAGAAGACCCUCUAUGACAUCCAGGUGCACACUUUGAGCCAGAUUCCUGAGAUAGAAGAUAUGGAAAUCAGCCUGCCAAACAUUCACUACUUUAAUAUAGACAUGACCAAAAUGGGACUGAUCAACAAGGAAGAGGUCUUGCUCCCGUUAGACAAUCCGUACGGCAGAAUUACUGGUACGGUCAAGAGGAAGCUGGCUUCAAAGCUGUGAAAAGGUAGCCACCACCACCGGACCUACUCUCAAUGGAGGAGUUCCUUCAGCCUCUUGUGAUGCUGGAAAUCAUAGCAUGCAAAAUUUCAAACUAGUAUGUUGAUUUAUAGUGUUAAUUUUC